UUUAAUAACACACAACACUCUUCGUGUGUUCCCUAUGGCAACGGAUCAUACUGGUGUAGUCUAACCCCCAACUUUCAAGUUGAUGGAAUCAGUGCAACAUGUUCCCCAGUUGACGGUAACUACACGACCUGGGGAGAGUGGAGCGCGUGCUCGGUCACGUGUGGUACAGGUACAAGAAUGCGCAUGCGCAGUUGCAACAAUCUCGCACCUUUAUACGGCGGCAGUUGCCAUGGCGACGACAAAGAGUCAGAGAGCUGUAGCGUGACGCCUAGCUGUAAGGGCAACUUCAGUGAGUGGUCUCGUUGGGGACCUUGUAACGCCACGUGUGGACCCGGCGUUAAAAGGCGCACAAUGAACUUCACCAGCUUUGCGUCCCCGCACUGUCAAGGGUCCCUAACAGUCGUCCGAAAGUGUGAUAACCUCUGCUGUCCCGAUCACAAUGAUACAACGGGAUAUACUGUAUGGUCGGCUUGGGGGCCGUGCAAUAGGACAUGUCUUGGGAUAAGCGAGCGCACGCGGAACUUCACUAACUAUUUGCUUCAUGAUAAGUGCAAUGGAACCUUCUCAGAGUAUCAGGCGUGUAAUGUGACCUGCUGUCCAAGUUUGGAUUACGACGAGAUAUUCACCUCGUGGAGUGUAUGGGGAGAAUGUAAUGCCUCGUGUACUGGGUACAAGAACAGAACUCGCUCGCAUUUGAUGAAUGUGUUAGCACCGUAUUGUAAAGAGUCUCUUGUGCAGUUCGACCUCUGUAACGACACGUGUUGCCCACGAGAUGAUAACGUCAAGGCGUUUAAUCCCUGGGGCCCAUGGGGUCCUUGUAACCGCACCGGUUAUAAGCUUCGCAAUCGCACAUACGUCAAUCAGAACUUGAUAUGUGACAAUGGAUUGUCCGAACUGAGGCAAUGUAACGCUACCUUGUGGGGGAAUUGGAGUGAGUGUUCCCUAACAUGUGGUACUGGCUUUCAGACUAGAAUCCAAGUCAACUGCAUCGCGGCAAACUGUCUGUCCGAAAACCGGACAUGCAAUAACUUCACUUGUCCAGUCGAUCCCGUGGAUGGAAACUUCACAGAGUGGACGAGUUGGUCCACAUGUACACGGACGUGUGGAGCUGGGGCCCAAUGGCGCAUGCGCACUUGUACCAAACCACCAGCAGCCUAUGGGGGCUUGAACUGCAGCGGGCCAGCCAAUCAGACGCAAGAGUGUGAAACUCAACCGUGCCCUGUCGGUCCCGUGAACGGAAACUUCACGGAGUGGACAAAGUGGACCACGUGCACACGGACGUGUGGCACUGGAACCCAAUGGCGCAUGCGCACUUGUACCAAUCCAGCACCAGCCAAUGGGGGAUUGAACUGCAGCGGGCCAGCCAAUCAGACACAAGAGUGUGAAACCCAGUUGUGCCCUGACGGUCCCGUGGAUGGAAACUUCACAGAGUGGACGAGUUGGUCCACAUGUACACGGACGUGUGGAGCUGGGACCCAAUGGCGCAUGCGCACUUGUACCAAACCCCCACCAGCCAAUGGGGGUUUGAACUGCAGCGGGCCAGCCAAUCAGACGCAAGAGUGUGAAACUCAACCGUGCCCUGUCGGUCAGGUGAACGGAAACUUCACGGAGUGGACAAAGUGGACCACGUGUACACGGACGUGUGGAACUGGAACCCAAUGGCGCAUGCGCACUUGUACCAAUCCAGCACCAGCCAAUGGGGGAUUGAACUGCAGCGGGCCAGCCAAUCAGACUCAAGAGUGUAGCAAGCAGCCUUGCCCCGUUGACGGUAACUGGACGGAGUGGAGCACGUGGUCAUACUGUAACAGACCGUGCGGAACUGGGUACGAAAACAGAAGUCGCUUUUGCUCCAACCCGCCCCCAAUGUAUGGUGGGAAGGAUUGCAAAGGCGAGGAUCACCAGGCGAAAACCUGCAAUAAAUCUAUAUGUCCAGGAGCUGAGGCGACCUUUGAGAUGCGUUUCACUGAGGAGAAAUGUUCACAGGAUCUUUCUAGCCUUAACAGUCCAGUCAGUCAAGCUCUUGUAAAGAAAAUUAUACUCAACGUGGAGAGCAUUUACCGUGACGAUAGCACGUAUAUAAAAACUGUUGUGCACAAUUUUAGUUGCGGCAGUGUGGUAGCGUUUUUCACCGUGGCUUUCUCCAAGAUAAACUCCUUGCAGCUCAUCACAAUGUACGAGCACAUCGCUACAAGCGGCAAACUCACAGAGAUGCCAGUUUUCCUUGCUAACACCUCCACCAAAAAAGUGCCAGGUUCCAGCCCUGUCUUCAGGUAUGCGCAAAACACAAGCUCCACCAGUAUCUACCUCGAGUGGCUCGCUGUGUAUGCGUCUUCACUCCAUGGCCAACCUCUCAGCGGCUACAGCAUCUUCUAUCGCGAGGAUAGCACUCCGUUCACUCCAGACUCCUUGAAGUCCGUUCCUUCUGUCCAUUCCACUACAAUAAAUGGGUUGAACAAAUUCUCCUUGUAUUCGUUUCGCGUUCUGGCGUUUACGAGUAACGGGAACGGGAUUCCGAGUGCUUCCAUCACUGCGAGGACUGAUGAAGAUGUUCCUUCACAAGGUCCAACUGAGUUCAAGGGUUAUGCAUCAAGCUCUACGACUCUGACUUUCUCCUGGGGCGAGAUUCCACCAAAAUCUAUCCAUGGUAUUCUGCGUGGGUACAACCUCUCUUACACGAGUCUUACAACGGGUGAGGCCGGCUACACACUAAUGAGGCCUGACAGAUCAUGGAAAGUGGUCCAGAACCUUGGAAAGUUCACGGAAUACAAAGUGACUAUCUGUGGGUUCACAAUAAAGGGAUGUGGAGCGGAGAGCAACGAGCUGAUCCUUCGUACAUUCGAAGACGUUCCAAGUGUUGCGCCCGGUGAUGUGGGCGCGUUGAAUCUAACAAGUAUGACAGAUCUUCGGGUCUCAUGGAGUGCCAUCCCUCCUCAACAUGCCAACGGCAUCCUGCACAAGUACGAGGUCCGAUACUCACGCAUCAAAACGUCCAAGAAAGCCGAGAGGAAACCACGAGUCGAGACGAUGUCAGUUGAGCCAUCAGCGCUUGGUGUGACACUCAGGGACCUUGUUGGAUUUUCCGUGUAUGAGAUAAGCGUGAGAGCCGUCACUUCUAUCGGCCCUGGACCAGCUAGUUUCACCUACGGAGAGACGUGUCGCUGCCCAAGCGUGAUUUACACCAACUACUGGCUUCUUAGCCCAUACACCAGACCCUUCAACAGCACGGUCAGCGGAUUACUCCCGCAAAUCAUUCAAAACAUGACAGCUUGGGUGUGCGAGAGCUGCUCUAACGGACACGGCCCCACCCGGCUGGACUUUAGGAAUAAAGACGAGUAUGGGGGACCUGCAUUGAAAGCGUCCAUGGCGCAGGUCGCUGAAGAUAUCACCGUAGGCACGAAGAUCAGCUUUCCUCUAAAUGGGAAUAAGUACAUGACUAAGUACCCUGGGGGCUUGCCGUUUUUCCCGCUCGUGAUGUCUCCAGGUGUGGCGUUCCUAGCUCGAGAAGAAACCAUCGAAAGCUCAGCGAAGUCCAUGUUUUUCUCGGUGUUGAAGUGCUUUCCUAUGAUUGGCUUCUCUCUAAUGCUGGUGUAUAUCGCGGGAUUCAUCAUAUGGCUAUUGGAUUCUCGAGCAAAUGACAGCUGUUUUCCAAGAGGGUUUGUUGCCGGGACUUACGAGGGGAUGUGGUGGUCUUACAUCUCUGUCACUACCGUCGGCUAUGGAGACCGCAGCCCAAAGACCGUGGGCGCCCGCUUAUUCGCCAUUAUUUGGACAUUGUACGGCUUGGUGUUGAUCUCCUUUAUCACAAGUGCUAUUACCACAUCUUUGACGAGCGUUACCAUGGCAACAGAAAUCAUGCUGUAUGGAACUGACGUAGCGGCAAUCCAGAACUCUUCAGAGUACCGUCUAGGAAUUCUUAAAAAUGCCAAAGUUCACGGCUACGCAAAUCUAGAAGAGAUCCACCAAGCCUUACUAAGGGGGGAAGUGAAAGGAGCGCUUGUGGACACAUACGUGGUCGGUUCUUACAAGGCCAUGCUCUCAAGUGGCCAGAUUCGCGUGGACAGGGUGUUGGAGAGAUCGUUUGGCUAUGGACUCGUGCUCUCUGGCCAGGCCGUCUUCCUACAAGACGAGUUCAAAAACUACAUGCUUUACAACUCGGCGAAGAUCUCGAGACUUGUGGAAACUAGCACUUCUAAAGUUAAGGUGCCAUUCAAGAGCGUUGCUGAAACCAAGUCGACAGGCUUGUUUGACUCUGGGGCUUCAAUGUUCAGGAAUUCUCUGUUAUCUUCAGGUAGUCUCCUCGCCUUUCUAACCUUUCUCGGCUUGGCGUGGCAUUUCCUCUGGCAUAAGAGACGAAGAAACAUAAUAACCAAUAAAGUGGAAAGCUGGGAAAAUAACAGAGCCAUCAAAUUAAAGCGCGAAACACACGCCGAAUUGCGAGAGGUUGUUGAGCAAUUUUACUCAAAUAUCAUGACAAACAUUUCGCAGCUAUCGCGAUGGCAUCGCCAGGAACAAAGGGACCUGUUGGCGGCAAGAAAAGCUCAACGAAGACAGCCAAGAGAAGUCAGUACUACCCAUCUUAAAACGCUAUCAUUCGUAAACUUAGAUGACUGCUCUGACGAGAAGCAAUCGAGCGAAUGCUAAAGAAUGAAAAAACAAGUUUUGUUCUGCUACUAUUACAUGUUCUUGCUAGACUAACCUCUAGACCACCUGACACCUGAUAGAGGACAUCAAAGAAUAUAAUAAAUAUAAUGACCUCUUCCCUUGUCACAGGCCUUGCUUGUUGGUUUGUGGACAAAUUUCAACAAAUCAGCAUCUAUAAUUGGCCUUAAGAAGUUCAGAACUAAAUAAAAGUGUCAAAAGUGCAUCCCUCCCAUCACACCCCUAUAGCUUCCGGGCUGCAACACCCCACCAAAUAGCCUGAUCCAGUGAAACGCCGUGACACUUAUAGUUGAUUGCCCAUACUUAUAAUUAUGGCCUACUCUUUCUUUUUUUAAAUCUUAUUUAUAUCUGUCGACGCAGACCACAAGGUCCGGCUCACACCAGCACACAGAGGCCGUCCGGUUUUCUCCUACAUUUUUGUGAACAAAAUAAAAGUCUAAAAUAAUAAGAUACCGUAAUUGAAUAAUUGAAGUUGAGAUUGAUUUUUAGAUGCUCGGAGAUCGUUACCUUGAUGAGAAAAAGUGAGACGAACGAUCUCCAAGCGUUUGAAAAAUUAGGACUUUGUUGUUUUCCUAUAUCACUCCCAAAAGCGUGGGAUACCUGUGUAUUCUUACGCCUGGCCCGCAAUCCCGUCCCCAGAGCCCACGUAGGUCACAUAGGUAAGAUCUUGACUGCUGGCCUCCAGGCAAAUCACUCUCAACAUCACUGCCGUCAAGUAACAGUUAUGGCCGUAAAAGUAAGUCAUACGCUAUUUAUCUUGUAUCGAUAAUGCAAAUCAUUACCCGCGAACCGGACUGAUAAAUAGACCAGAUAAGAGAGUUUUUUUUACUUUUCAUGGUUAUAGAUCCGACUUAGCUUAUUUGUCACCGCUGAUAAUUUUUAAAAGCUACUUUUAUGAUUAUGAUUGUUCACCUUUUUAGAAUUUCGCAGUAAUUAAGUAUACCUAUAACUCUAUGUACGCUUUGUUUUCUUCUCUUUGUUUUCUUUUUUUUUCUUUUAGGCCGGUGCCAUUUUUUGCGUACAAAAUGUUCCAAAGAUACUGAAAAAUAACACAUUCCAAAAUUCUCCAAAAUUCCCCUAGGGAAAGCGGUGAAAUCCUGGUGGUAAUAUUUCGUGAUUUCACCAUGUUGGCGAGUACUCACGCUUCACUGAAACCACUUGAGAUAAUGUUGCAUUAAUUAAAAAGCACAUUUAUAUAAUAUGUCUAAUAAACUAGAUUAUAGCCGAAUAUAUUGUUGCGCGACCUAACAUGUAGUCAAUAAACCGUUCUAAACCAA